AGUAUCCCUAUCAUUCCAAUCUCAGCAUUGCACGGCGACAAUAUAGUCGAGAAGUCUCCGAAGUGUCCAUGGUAUGAUGGCUGGAAGACGCUUGACAGGAGCGGUAUGAGCCUCUUGGAGGCACUCGACGCAUCUCUAGAGAGAGCAUAG